CGCAACGAUCUUCCGGUGCACUUCCUUGUGCGUUUCCUCCAAUGCCUCGAGAUGACUGCGAUCACGUGGGUGAGGUGUGAGCCAAUCCGUGAGGAUGGUUAGUGAUCCGGUCGUAGUGGUUCAAUACAGGGGUUGCCGGGAACAAUGAACUGCAAUAGAACACGGCCAGAGCACUGAGAGAUAUCAGGUAUUGAUGUAACUGGAGUGAAUAAGGGAACCUUCUUCCUGAGCACAGACAUUGGAGCCUGUUAUCAGCAUGAACUCAUAUGUGUUAGACGAACAUGUGAAUAGUUUUACACGAAUGAAUAAUCUGAAAACUCAUAAAAAGAUUCACAGAGGAAAAAAGCCUUUCACAUGUACUGAGUGCGGCAAAUGUUUUACACGAAUGAAUAAUCUGAAAACUCAUAAAAAGAUUCACAGAGGAAAAAAGCCUUUCACAUGUACUGAGUGCGGCAAAUGUUUUACACGAAUGAAUAAUCUGAAAACUCAUAAAACGAUUCACACAGGAGAAAAGCCUUUCACAUGUACAGAGUGUGGAAAAAGUUUUACAGAAAAGUGUAGUCUGAAAACUCAUGAAAGGAGUCACACAGGAGAAAAGCUUUUGACAUGUACAGAGUGUGGAAAAUGUUUUACACAAAUAAAUAGUCUGAAAACUCAUGAAAGGAGUCACACGGGGGAAAAACCGUUUACAUGUACAGAGUGUGGAAAAAGUUUUACACAAAAGAGUGAUCUGAAAAAGCAUGAAAAGAUACACACAGGAGAAAAGCCUUUCACAUGUACAGAGUGUGGAAAAAGUUUUACACAAACAAAUAGUCUGAAAUAUCAUGAAAGGGUUCACACAGGAGAAAAGCUUUUCACAUGUACAGAGUGUGGAAAAAGUUUUACAGAAAAGAGUAAACUGAAAACACAUGAAAUGUGUCACACAGGAGAAAAGCCUUUCACAUGUACAGAGUGUGGAAAAAGUUUUACACAAAUUUAUCAUCUGAAAACUCAUGAAAGGAUUCACACAGGAGAAAAGCCUUUCACAUGUACAGAGUGUGGAAAAAGUUUUACAGAAAAGAGUAAACUGAAAACACAUGAAAGAAGUCACACAGGGGAAAAGCCUUUCACAUGUACAGAGUGUGGAAAAAGUUUUACACAAAUGAGUAAUCUGAAAACUCAUGAAAGGAUUCACACAGGGGAAAAGCCUUUCACAUGUACAGAGUGUGGAAAAUGUUUUACACAAAUAAAUAGUCUGAAAACUCAUGAAAGGAUUCACACAGGAGAAAAGCCUUUCACAUGUAAAGAGUGUGGAAAAAGUUUUACAGAAAAGAGUAAACUGAAAACACAUGAAAAGAUUCACACAGGAGAAAAGCCUCUCACAUGUACAGAGUGUGGAAAAUGUUUUACACAAAUAAAUAGUCUGAAAACUCAUGAAAGGAUUCACACAGGAGAAAAGCCUUUCACAUGUAAAGAGUGUGGAAAAAGUUUUACAGAAAAGAAUUUAUUAUCGAAACACCACAAAAUUCACACAGGUGAGAAACCACACACAUGUACUGAGUGCGGCAAACGUUUUAGACAAAUGGGUAAUCUGACAACUCAUAAAAAGAUUCACACAGGAGAAAAGCCUUUCACAUGUACAGAGUGUGGAAAAAGUUUUACACGAAUGAAUACUCUGAAAUAUCAUGAAAGGAUUCACACAGGAGAAAAGUCUUUCACAUGUUCAGAGUGUGGGAAAAGUUUUACACAAAAAAGUAGUCUGAAAUAUCAUGAAAGGUUUCACACAGAGGAAAAGCCUUUCGCAUGUACAGAGUGUGGAAAAGGUUUUACACACAAGAGUAAUCUGAAAAGUCAUGAAAGGAGUCACAUAGGAGAAAAGCGUUUCACAUGUACAGAGUGUGGAAAAGGUUUUACAGAAAAGAGUAGUCUGGAAACUCAUGAAAGAAUUCACACAGGAGAAAAGCCUUUCACAUGUACAGAGUGUGGAAAAGGUUUUACACAAAAGAGUAAUCUAAAAAGUCAUGAAAGGAGUCACACAGGAGAAAAGCCUUUCACAUGUACAGAGUGUGGAAAAGGUUUUACAGAAAAGAGUAAUCUGAAAUAUCAUGAAAAGAUUCACACAGGAGAAAAGCCUUUCACAUGUACAGAGUGUGGGAAAAGUUUUACACAAAAGAGUGAUCUGAAAAUUCAUGAAAGGAGUCACACAGGAGAAAAGCCUUUCACAUGUACAGAGUGUGGAAAAGGUUUUACACAAAAGAGUUAUCUGAAAAAGCAUGAAAGGAUUCAUACAGGGAAAAUUAUUUUACAUGUACAGAGUGUGGGAGAUGUUUUAUACAAAAGAGUAAUCUGAAAACUGAUGAAAGGAGUCACAAGGGAAGAAACCUUUAACAUGUUUGGAAAGUAGAAAAAAGGUUUUUAUUAAAGUCAGGUAUCACACAACACCAAAUAUUUACACACAAACUUUAUAUACACAGUAUACAAACCUUUUUACAAUUAUCCUAAAGAGGAUAAACUCUUUAAAUAGAAGCAUCAAAAAAGGAUCCUAUUGUAAAUAAUACUUUCUAAAUCCCAGUUAUACAAGCCUCAGAUUGGAAGUGCUCUCCUGCUGUCCUUUGUUCCUCUAUAUAUGUGCACCUCAGUUUCUCUCAUAUUAAUGUGAUAGAAUCCAAACACCACACAGGAAUAUACAGAUCUGUCCUUAUACUGACCAGUUUACACAACCAGUCACCACCAAAGCACCCCCAGUGUUGUUUAUUAAUAUGCCAGUGUUAGAAGUUGUACGUUUUGUUUUACAUAGGGGAGGAAAUAAUUACAUUUACAGAAUAAAGAGUCUUUACAUGAAUAUAGAGUUAGAUAAUUAUAUAAACAAGAACAUCAGUCUCAAAUGAUUGACAUCUGGGAGAAAUAUUUAAUGUGCACAUCAUGUGGAUAAACCUUUUCUUAUAGUAAUAGAUGCUUAGCAUUGUACAUGUUAUAUACCAGAGGAAUUACUGAGGGGGAACUGAUUUUAUUUAAUGAGACACAAUAUCAGUAACCGGUACAUACAUGAUCAUAAUCAGUUUAAUUUAAAUGGCUACUAUAAGCUACAUGUAUACUGGGUAUGUAAUAUGUGUGUCAUGUUCUGUAAAUUGAUAUUAUGUCUGUUAGAUCUUUUCAUGUUAGUUAGAAGCCACAAGAACUGAUAAUAGCACAUACUGUAUAUAUAAAGGGAACAUUAUAUAUCUGAUAAAUCCCUUUGUAUCAAGAGCACAAGUGUUAGGUAUAUUUAUACCAUUGUGUGCAUACAGUGGGGCAAAAAAGUAUUUAGUCAGCCACCAAUUGUGCAAGUUCUCCCACUUAAG